UGCAGGACGGGCGCCUCGGGCCGAGGUGUUUGGCGUUGGCCGGCCCGGUUUGGCGUGCGGGCCUUUUUUGUUCCCUGCCGCCUGCCGUCCCGCCGGCACGAGGCCCAGCGGCCGCGCGCCCUUGGCCGCCUCUCCUCCGCGGAGGCCGGGCCGCGCGCCGGGCGGAACGGGAACAAAGCUGGGCCGGGGAGCCCGGAGACGGGCCGCGUUCCCCGGUGGAGCCUGCGCUCGGCACGAGGGCGAGCGGGGCCCCUCUCCUUCCUUCUUAGCCUAGAGAAUAGGAACCUAACUUUGUUCCGGAAAAUUCCUAACCGCCCUCCCCCCUCCUCUCUCCAGCUGGAGCCCUGGGGUCCGAUGCGGGGCCGCCCCUGCCGUGCGCGGGGUGCCGUCCGUCCUGCCGCGGGGUUCGGGUCCCCGAGCCGGGCCGCCGCUCGGGCGCUGUGCUCGCCGCACGUCUCGGUCGACCCCGCGCAGCCGCCCCACCGGCCCUAGAUGGAUCUCAAGACGGCCGUGUUUAACGCCGCGCGCGACGGCAAACUCCGGCUGCUCACCAAGCUGCUGGCCAGCAAGUCCAAGGAGGAGGUCUCCUGCCUGAUCUCCGAGAAGACCAACGGGGCGACGCCGCUGCUCAUGGCCGCCCGCUACGGGCACCUGGACAUGGUGGAGUUCCUGCUGGAGCAGUGCAGCGCCUCCAUCGAGGUCGGGGGCUCGGUCAACUUCGACGGCGAGACCAUCGAGGGCGCGCCCCCGCUCUGGGCCGCCUCGGCCGCCGGGCACCUCAAGGUGGUGCAGUCGCUGCUGCACCACGGCGCGUCCGUCAACAACACGACGCUCACCAACUCCACGCCGCUGCGCGCCGCCUGCUUCGACGGGCACCUGGAGAUCGUCAAGUACCUGGUGGAGCACAAGGCCGACCUGGAGGUGUCCAACCGGCACGGCCACACGUGCCUCAUGAUCUCGUGCUACAAGGGCCACAAGGAGAUCGCCCAGUACCUGCUGGAGAAGGGGGCCGACGUGAACAGGAAGAGCGUGAAAGGUAAUACUGCCUUGCAUGACUGUGCGGAAUCUGGAAGUCUGGACAUCAUGAAGAUGCUGCUUAUGUAUUGUGCCAAGAUGGAAAAGGAUGGUUAUGGAAUGACUCCGCUUCUCUCCGCGAGUGUGACUGGUCACACAAAUAUCGUGGAUUUCCUGACACACCAUGCACAGACCAGCAAGACAGAGCGCAUCAAUGCUCUGGAGCUCCUGGGAGCUACAUUUGUAGACAAGAAAAGAGACCUCCUUGGGGCGUUGAAGUACUGGAAGAAGGCGAUGAACAUGAGGUACAGUGACAGGACGAAUAUCAUCAGUAAGCCCGUGCCGCAGGCGCUGAUCAUGGCCUAUGACUACGCCAAGGAGGUCAACAGUGCCGAGGAGCUGGAGGGCCUCAUCGCCGAUCCUGACGAGAUGAGGAUGCAGGCCCUGCUGAUUCGAGAGCGGAUCCUCGGGCCUUCUCAUCCUGACACCUCCUACUACAUCAGGUACAGAGGAGCUGUGUAUGCAGACUCGGGGAACUUCAAGCGAUGCAUCAACCUGUGGAAGUACGCUCUUGACAUGCAGCAGAACAACCUAGACCCUCUGAGCCCCAUGACCGCCAGUAGCUUGCUGUCGUUUGCAGAACUGUUCUCCUUUAUGCUGCAAGACAGGGCAAAGGGCCUGCUGGGCACCACUGUGACAUUUGAUGAUCUUAUGGGCAUCCUGUGCAAAAGCGUCCUUGAGAUAGAGCGUGCCAUCAAACAGACUCAGUGUCCGGCCGACCCGCUGCAGCUGAACAAGGCUCUCUCCAUCAUUCUACACUUGAUUUGCUUGCUGGAAAAAGUUCCUUGUACUCUUGAACAGGACCACUUCAAAAAGCAGACUAUCUACAGAUUUCUUAAGCUGCACCCAAGAGGAAAGAAUAACUUCAGCCCUCUGCAUCUGGCAGUGGACAAGAACACGACCUGUGUGGGGCGGUACCCUGUGUGUAAGUUUCCGUCCCUGCAGGUGACCGCUAUUCUGAUAGAAUGUGGUGCUGACGUGAACGUCAGAGACUCUGAUGACAACAGUCCCCUACACAUCGCCGCCCUCAACAACCAUCCAGACAUCAUGAAUCUCCUUAUUAAAUCAGGUGCCCAUUUUGAUGCCACAAACUUGCACAAACAAACUGCUAGUGACUUGCUGGAUGAGAAAGAAAUAGCUAAAAAUUUGAUCCAGCCCAUAAAUCACACCACAUUGCAAUGUCUUGCCGCUCGUGUCAUAGUGAGUCAUAGAAUUUAUUAUAAAGGGCAUAUUCCAGAGAAGCUGGAGACCUUUGUGUCGCUUCACAGAUGAUAGUCUGUGCUUUCGCAGUCAGUCGCUUCCUAACUGAGCACUGUUGUGAUAACACCAGCAUUCAUUUAGCUUGACAUCGUUGUGCUCUCCUUGGCUAACGCAUUAUAAGCAUCAGAUUUACAGGAUUGGUUUCCCAGUAUUUAAUAUAAAUAUACCAUAUAAUAUAUUGUUUGUGAAUUAUUAAGAAAUGUCAUAUUCAGAUUUUUAGAACUGUCUGCCAAAGGCUACCCAUUCUGGUUUUGUUUGCUGUUGGUGUUUGGGCAGUUAACCAAUUUUCAGUGGUGUCUUUAUACUUACACUGGUUUGAAUUUUAUACAGUUGAAGGUCUUUUUUUCUUCUCCUCUGGUUCCACGUUACUUUUUCCCUGGCCAUUUCUGCCACAAUUUCCGCCCUUGUGGACCCGUGCUAGAUUGUACAAACAUGGACUCGUUACCGUCUGCAGUUACCAUAAGUGCUUUAUCUUCUCUAUGCACUGGCUUAAACUGGACUGUUGUAUGUUAGCACAUUUCUAUGCAGCAGUUGGUCGACUUAACUCAGAAAAUCUUGAAUUUGUUAUGAAGUUUGUUUUAUUAAAGCAUGACAAUUUCUAGAGCCACAGGUCAGCUAUUCUGAGCGCAGGCUUUUCUCUCUCUCUCUCUCUCUCUUUUUUUUUUUUUUUUUUAACAUCUGAGGUUUCUUGAACCCACUGAAAUUCUUGUGUGCUAAAUUUGGGAAACAGAUCUAUUCUCAUUAACCCAAUUGAAAUUGAGGUCUGUCAGCUCAGUGUACCAUGUGGUCAAAGGAAGGCGCUAAGGUGACCCGCCCUUCGCGCUGUGCCAGCCUUGUCUUGCGGGUGCUGAGGGUGUGACUGGCUGUAGAGAACUUGCUUAAAUCUAACCUCAAAGUUUAUCUCAGUAUGACAAGUCACAUAUCCAGUAAGUUUCAAAAAGAGCUGAAGCAUGUCAGUGGCAUGAUGCUUGCCAAGCCAGAUCUAGGCGUCUAGGAUAAUUAAAGUGUUUAGUAUGCAGUUUAUCGCCAUAGUAUCAAAGAUCAGUAACAGUGUUCUUCAAGCUUAUUGUAUACCUCUAAAGAUAGCUUGCAUGAAUUAUUUUCUCUCAAUUAUUUGUCCCCCAAUUGAACACAAAGGCGGCAGUGCUUCCUGCUCCCCUCCUGAAGGCUCGCCUCGCCCUGCCCCUUCCCCGCUUCCUGUCCUCCUGGACUUCCUGCGCUCUCCCUCCCGCUCGCUUCUUUGGCUUGUUGCCUUCCCCCCCUUCUCUCCUUUCUUCCCUACUUCCUUCCCUUCGCAGAUUUGCUAAAUGCCACAGAAAGGGCUCUUUUAAGAAAAGAUAAAUGCAAAAUACUAAGGAAAAAAAAUUCAGGAAUUGUCAUUCAGCACUUUAUUGUUAUUCAGAAUAAAAUUUGUGAUGGCAUAUAUAUUUGCCCUGCAAAUGUCUUGAUAAAGUUGUUCUGAAUAAAAAGAACUCCAUCUGACUAGAGAAAGGUGUAGUCUGCCUGUGAGUUGAGUGAGCCGGGUCACUCCCUUGGGUUUUUGUGUGGGUGUUUUUGCUGAGGGUUGCUAUAAGGAGUCAUCAUUGCAAACAGUCGUAUUAGGUAUGUCUUCAUUAUUCUAGUAAAAAAAAAAUUUGUAAUGAACAAUAGUAAAUAAGUGAUAGAAUGUUAGACAUUUUGGUUAAAUGAUUGAACUUAAUUGGUUGAAAGAGAUUCUUUUUCUAGGUUGUAAUUUGAAUUUCACCGCUGUGAAAGAUGACUUGGUUGUGAGUGGGCACUCCCCAACCUUUUAAUGAAGAGUCUUUUACUGUGGGCAAAUUUGAUGAAGUAUUGAGCUGCCACACGUGUUAAGAGUAUUGUAAUUUGUGAUAUAGAUGAAUGUUCUAGAGAUAUCAAACAUCACUUUGAAAUCAGCUGCCUCUCACCUUGUGGUAUAAGAAUUAUAUUUGCAUGAGCUGCUCUUUUUAAAAAGGAAAAACUUGCCAGUAUAAUAAAUCUGCGUUAGUUGAUAUCAUUAAUCUUGUGGAAAAGAUGGCAACUGGGUUUUGAGGUGACCUCUUCAGAGGGCAGGUGGAGGGCCCACAGCUCUUGGAGGAGGAUGCCUCUGUGGCGUAAGUUAAGGACUUCUUUAAAGGGUGUUUUCCCGCCAGUAAAAGCAGGUGACUUAGAACUAACAAGUCCUCGUUGUUGAUAGCUGAAGCCUCGUCCCAGGCCUGCCCCAGCUCCUCUGCUGCCAUCCCCACACACGUCACUGGGAGCUCUCCAGAAGGAAAGUUGUCCAUGAUUUUAUUUUAGAGAAAGCUGGCUUGUCAGUGUGACUUGAGGGCCUGAAUCCAAAGACAUCCUCAGAAGUGCUGUGGGACUGAAUAAAAUACUUAAAGCUUAUGUUCCAUUUUAACUAUAGAUGAAUAAAUUUAAUAAUUAAUGAGUCCACUGUACUUGAGUCAAACAAAGCUAUACAUCAUAGCAUGGCUGGAGUUGAUGGGUAGGUACAUUUUGAUUAUAUUUCUACAAAAAAAUGCCUUAUUGGAAACCACUGAUUUUUUAUCAUUCCUCUGAAAGAAAUGGUUAUUUUAUACAGAUUAGAUACCAGUUUACAAAUUCAGAUGGAUUAUAGAUUAAAAUGUAUCUGUAAAUCCAACAGUCAUAAGCCCAGAUUGGCCUCGAUUGCUUGGUGCCCAUCAUGAUUUUGGAGUUGAGCGACUGCUUAAGUGACAACCUUAAUGGGUGGUAUCUUAGAGACCUCUGUCUACUGUGACUCGGAAAAUCACUUCGAUGAUCUUAAUCUUUGGAAGGGAACGCUUCAAAAUCUGAAUGCAGCCUAAUAGUUGUUAUUAAUUUGCUCGGAAUCAUGCAUGGGGGCUGGUUGGAUAGGAACAUGCUGUGCAUGGGAGCCGCGUGACGGCCGUGGAGUCGCCCUUCCAGAGGUGGAUGCUGAAGAAAUGCAAACUCAUUGGCCAUGCUUUUUUUUUUCUUGUUUCUUUUUUUUUUCCCUCAUGUAUCGAUAAACAACAAGUUUCUCUCCCUUUUGUCUGUUCCCAUUGUGUAUUUUUCAAAAGAAGUACUGUAUUCAGAUGCCAGCCAAUAAAUUGUCACACAAUGGAAAUGAUAACGCCACAACAUUCAUUGUAAAGCUUAAUAAAAUUAAAUUUGCACCAA